AUGGAAUUGUUUUUGUUUUUGUUUUUCUCUCUAGCACUGGAGUAUAUUCUAAGUGGAUUGGUGGUCAUCAUUCUUUUAGUCGCAAUCCUACAUUGUGUAAGGAAGACAUCAGAUAAUCCAAGACAGCGUAAAUUAAAGUCCCUUAUUCUACUGAAACACUAUAGCUAUGCGAAAAUAAAAACAAUUACAAAGUCAUUCGCCAAAGUGGUUGGAAAAGGCGGAUUUAGAACUGUUUACAAAGGAACCCUUUGUGAUGGUCGUAGUGUUGCAGUGAAGAUCUUGAAAGACUCAAAGGGUAAUGGGGAAGACUUCAUUAAUGAAGUUUCUAGCAUGAGCAAAACAUCUCAUGUCAACAUUGUCGACUUGCCUGGAUUCUGCUCUGAAGGUUCCAGGAAAGCAAUUCUUUAUGAAUUUCUGGAAAAUGGAUCUCUUGAUAGGUUCAUCUCGAGAAAUGCCUCAACGAAUUUGGACUGGACAACACUAUACAACAUCGCCCUAGGCAUUGCUCGAGGUCUAGAGUACUUACACCAUGGCUGCAAAGCAAGGAUUGUACACUUCGACAUAAAACCACAAAAUGUACUGUUAGAUGACAAUCUUUGCCCAAAAGUUUCAGACUUCGGCCUUGCUAAGCUCUGCAAGAAGAAGGAAAGCAUCUUGUCACUACUGGACACAAGAGGAACGAUAGGGUACAUUGCACCCGAAGUGUUUUCAAGAAUGUAUGGUAGAGUCUCCCACAAAUCAGAUGUGUAUAGCUAUGGAAUGUUGGUCUUUGAGAUGAUAGGAGCAAGGAACAAAGAAAGAGCUUAUGAGAACUCUGCAUCGAACGCAAGCUCAAUGUACUUUCCAGAAUGGAUCUAUAGGGAUCUUGAGAAGCAAGAAACUGGAAGGCUUGUCGAGAAUGGAAUCAGCAGCGGAGAAGAGAAUAUUGCAAAGAAGAUGACAUUGGUGGGUUUGUGGUGUAUUCAGUCUUCCCCAUCAGAUCGCCCGUCGAUGAACAGAGUGGUGGAGAUGAUGGAAGGAAGUCUUGAAUAUCUUGAAGUGCCUCCGAGGCCUGUCUUGCAGCCACUUCCAGCAGCACCGCUUUCUUUUUGUAUUUCAGAGGAGAGUUCAAGCGCCUCCGAGGUACUAAUAUGCUCCACAACUUGA